AUGGCUGCAAUUAUUUACCGCAAGAGAUCCCUCUUCGAAGAUUUACAAUCACCACCGCCGAUUUCAGCAUCAUCUCCGGUUUCAAAUAAGCUUCGUUCUUCUUGCUUCAGCACCUAUUCAAUUCUUUUCGAUCAGCUGAGAGCUUUAUUUCCAGAAAUUCAUACUCAGCUACUUGAGAAAGCAUUGGGAGAAUCUGGCAAUGACCUGGAUGCUGCUAUUAGGAGUCUGCAUGAGCUACGCAUCGGAUUUUCAGAUGGAAAGUUGGAUACAGAAGAGAUCGAAAAUGGUAUGAAGCCUACCACUGAGCCGGCUGCUCAGUCAGAAGAUCCUUCAGCUGAAAACAAUUUUCCUGCCAAUGGUGUAGAAUGGGUGGAUUGUUUUGUGCGGGAAAUGAUGACUGCUACAAGCAUAGAUGAUGCCAGGGAUCGAGCUACUAGACUGUUGGAGAGCUUAGAGAAAUGCAUUAGCUCACGUGCAGGUGCUGAGGCAGCUCAAAAUUUUCACAAGGUUGGUACUUUUAAUGCAUGUUUUCCAUUUUAA